CAGCCGUUGAAGCUUCUACGGCCUACCAAAGUACCGGUCAUCUUAUUUCAUACAUUCUUUCCCAAUACUGCGGCUAAGAUCCGAGGCGCCAGUGAUAUGGAAGGCUGAAAACGCCUUCGUUCUUACCCUUGUGCGGCAAAAGUACUGAUAAACGACUGGCUAGCCAUAGGUUGGCAAUAUCCGUGAAGAUUCGUAACCUCUUUGGCACUAUCUACAUGAACACUUAGCCUCAUCUUCAAGCAAUGCUUGAGCCCGAUGAGGUGGUUCAUUCUCUAUAUGUUGCGAGACGCUGCGCAUGCUACCCGGCGUAUAUCUUCACCGUGGUAUGGACAAUCUAGAAACCUUAGACCCUGACGGAGCUCAUCCGACGCACUAUGACUCAAUUGGACAUCUUACAAUGCUUCGAAUUUUCUGCUCAACAGUCACUACGAAUCGGGGAUCGCAGGAGGGCCGGCUCAGGAGGAAUAUUGACGACCUUGCAAUUAACCCUGAUGCAUUUAUUGGGAACCGAGAAAAGCCAAGUUUCCAUCAGUAUACUCACGGAUUUCGGCGAGAUGAAGCCAUCUUUCCUCUACCAGUACAAUCUACAAAUGGUCAUUCAAUCCAAUCCUUCCAUAUCUAUGGGCGUGUUGGUAUCGCACCAUACAGACGUUGUGGUAGGGUCAAGUGUCUCACUGGCCGAAAUUGCAGGGAGGCGUCUUGCAAGCGCGGGCCGCGCGCUUCGUGUUUCCGACACCGAUCGCGCUGACACUGUAUCUAUCGCUAGACUACCCCGACCUCCUCACACCAUCUCAACCGCUUCACCUCGUACUCUACAACCGGACGAAGACGCAUCGCACCUCACGUAGGAGCCGGCACAGCGUGCGAAGACCAAGGACAAUAAGAUAAGACACGCGCAUGAGGCGUGCAGGUCGGCAGAAGAUAGCUUGUUCAUUCUUUUCUUCUUCUCUUCACUCCUGUAACCUUCGUCCUGGACAGCCCGAGCGACGCGGAUUGCACGCGGGACGUAGGGUCGAGCGCGUGAUCAUGCCUCCUCUGCUUGUUGGGGGGGCAACGCGUUCGUAAAUAGAGUCGAGAAUCGUCACGCUGACUCCCCGAACGUAGCCCGCGAUCGCAUGAAGCUGAGCGACGGUAUUGUUCUUUCCCGGCACACCACGACUGAUGCUCAUGUACUCGACUACUUCAUGUGAAGGUUUCUAGGUUGCGGGUAUAUAUGGAGAGGAAACGGGCCUGUACGAGCCAGCGAACCACGCGCAGCUCAUAUUUCUCUUAAUCUAUAUAUUCGAAUCCUUUGCUGG